AUGGACAUCAAAGUCUACACUUUGACUACAAACAUGCAAACUUUAGACAAGAUUACCUGGCACAGGGACAGGUGGCGGGAGGACAGGUGGUGGGAGGACAGGUGGUGGGAGGACAGGUGGCAGGAGGACAGGUGGCAGGAGGACAGGUGGCAGGAGGACAGGUGGCAGGAGAACAGGUGGUGGGAGGACAGGUGGUGGGAGGACAGGUGGUGGGAGGACAGGUGGCAGGAGGACAGGUGGUGGGAGGACAGGUGGUGGGAGGACAGGUGGCAGGGGGACAGGUGGUGGGAGGACAGGUGGUGGGAGGACAGGUGGCAGGAGGACAGGUGGCAGGAGGACAGGUGGCAGGAGGACAGGUGGUGGGAGGACAGGUGGCAGGAGGACAGGUGGCAGGAGGACUGGUGGCAGGAGGACAGGUGGUGGGAGGACAGGUGGCAGGAGGACAGGUGGUGGGAGGACAGGUGGCAGGAGGACAGGUGGCAGGAGGACAGGUGGUGGGAGGGCAGGUGUGACAACAGCAUCAAAGUCUACACUUUGACUACAAACAUGCAAACUUUAGACAAGAUUACCUGGCACAGGGACAGGUGGCAGGAGGACAGGUGGCAGGAGGAAAGGUGGUGGGAGGACAGGUGGCAGGAGGACAGGUGGCAGGAGGACAGGUGGCAGGAGGACAGGUGGCAGGAGGACAGGUGGUAG